AUGAAGCCCUUUACAUUGUCGUUGGCAAAUGGCGCUCAGCUUUCCGGCAUUCUCUCGCUGCCGACUCGAACCUCCACAACGCCUCACUAUCAACCCUUGAUGGUCGGGGUACACGGUGGGACGUAUUUCUCGAGGUACUUUGACGCCGGCGGUACAACCAACUCGGCGCUAAGACUGGCAGAAAUCCUCGGAGUGCCUUUUGUAUCCAUUGACAGGCCCGGUUACAGAGAGAGUACAGGACUGCCUCCCGUGCCACAUGGAUCGACGUUCCUGCAGGAAGAAGGCAAAUACCUCCACCGCUUCAUCCUGCCCAAGAUAUGGCAAGAGUUUGGGAGGAGCUCGGGCGCAACUACCAUGGUCAUCCUGGCGCACUCUUUGGGAUCUCCGGGGGCUAUCGUGGCCUCGGCUCUCCAUGCAGAAGAACCUAGGGACCAGUACCCACUUGCCGGGCUGAUCAUGUCCGGCUGGGGCACGGUUCACGGCCGUCCUCGCGAAAGUGCACAACACAUUGUCGAGCACGGGGUCGUGGAUGGCCGGAUCUUUUGGCCCCUGGAACUGAAAGACGGUCCCAUGUUUGGCGACCCAACCUUGGGGAGAGUCUCUCCCGAGAUUCUCGCCAUCGGGGACCAAUUGAACACGUCCAUGUCCCUGGGCGAGUUUGAAGACGGCUCGUUCCACUGGUCGGACUACUGGUUGGAUUAUGCCAGGAGGGUGCAAGUGCCCGUCAUGUAUGGCAUGGGUGAACACGAUGCCCUGUGGAAGGCCUCGAGGGACACGGUCCACGACUUUGCCAAGGAGUUUACGAAAAGUCCCAGGGUCGAGAGCGGUGUCGUCCUGGGCGCGCCGCAUUGUAUCGAGUUGAGUUAUUGGGGUCCCGGUUGGGUGGCCAGGUGCGUGGGCUUUGCGGUCGAGUGCGCUGCUGCCGAGGGGGUGAGGAGCCGGGCAGGAGCAGCAGCAGGGGUGCAAGCAUAG